AUGCUGCUACGAUCCGGGAUUGACUCGACCUGCCAGCGGGAUCAACAGGAGUGGGCGACCAUGUCGCCUCUGUGGACAGCCCGAUAUGACUACCAGGCUCAAGGGGACGACGAGUUGUCCCUGCGGGUGGGUCAAAUCGUAUAUGUACUGUCCACCGACAGCAGCAUCUCAGGUGACGAGGGCUGGUGGACGGGCAAGAUCGGGGACCGUGUGGGCAUCUUUCCCUCCAACUUUGUCACGAAUGAAGAUCCGACCGUGCUAAAGGUACAACCUGUAGAGAUACAGUUCCACGAACUGGAUCUGAAAGAAGUAAUUGGAGUGGGGGGCUUCAGUAAGGUCCAUCGUGCCUUUUUUAACGGGGAGGAGGUUGCCGUCAAAGCGUCUCGGCAGGAUGACGAGUUCGAAGUGGCACGACAAAACGUACUGCAGGAAGCAAAAUUGUUCUGGUCGCUGAAACACCCGAACAUCGUUUCAUUGAAAGGCGUCUGUCUGGAUCCCCAAACUCUAUGCUUAGUGAUGGAGUACGCUCGCGGGGGCUCUUUGAACAAGAUACUGGCCGGAAGAAAAAUUCCCCCUAACGUGCUUGUAGAUUGGGCGAUCCAAAUAGCUCGUGGUAUGAAAUAUUUGCACUGCGAAGCUCCGAUUUCUGUCAUUCAUCGGGAUUUAAAAAGCUCAAAUGUGCUAAUUAGUGAAUCGAUCCAACAUGGAAAUCUGAUCAAUAAAACACUCAAAAUAACAGAUUUCGGGCUGGCUCGUGAAGCAUAUCGUACUACUCGAAUGUCCGCUGCAGGCACUUUUGCCUGGAUGCCACCAGAAGUGAUCAAAUCAGGAACGUACUCCAAAGCAUCCGACGUGUGGAGCUAUGGAGUUUUGCUGUGGGAAUUACUUACUGGAGAAACGCCUUACAAAGGCUUCGACUCGCUGUCCGUAGCUUACGGUGUGGCAGUUAAUACACUCGCUCUGCCGAUUCCAAAAACCUGCCCGGAGUCUUGGGGAAAGCUAAUGAAGUCUUGUUGGGAAAUCGAUCCACACCGGAGGCCUUCGUUUAAGGAGAUUGAAAAGGAUCUCGACAUAAUUGCAAGAUCUGGUUUUGCUCAAACACCUCACGAAUCAUUCCACACUAUGCAAGAUGGCUGGAAGAAGGAAAUCGCGGAAGUACUUCAAGAGCUGCGUAAAAAAGAGAAGGCAUUUAAAUCUUUCGAGGAGGAGUUACGCAGUAAAGAGGAAGAACUUUCGCGUGUGCAGCAAGAACAACGCUGCAAGGAAGAAAAUUUAGCUAAACGUGAGCAAGAAUUACAUGCCCGCGAAAUCGAAUUGCUAGGUCGUGAACUAACGAUUCUUUUCAAACAAAAUACUCCUACACCGAAGAAACGCAAGGGGAAAUUUAGUAAGAGCAGAAUUAAGCUAAUAAAAAAAGCACCGGGACAAAUUUCGUUGCCAUUAGAUUUUCGUCACACCAUUACGAUUCAACAUACGGCCAUACGUGAUGAAAAUCGUCAACGCGUGGACACUCCCCCCGGGUCGCCAGCCACUCGAUUACGGACGAUUGUGUUUCCUGGUGAUGUUAUCAAGGGUAAGACCUGGGGUCCAUCGACGCUGCACCAGCGGGAACGAAGCCAUUUGCCGACGAUGCGACCGAGCGUUCGACCGCAACAGUUCAGCAAGAGUGCCCCCAAUCUGGACAAAUCCCGUAUCACAGCGAUGUCCGCUUGCUCGUCGCGGCACGAAAUCCUAGAUUACGAUACCGACGACGCGUGGUAUGCUACGACGGCAAACUUAGGCGCCGGUCCAGGUGCAGACGUGUCGACUCUCAGUGCAACACCAUUAUGUUCUAGUCUAAAUCGCUUCGGUACCCUGCCCAGCUCGGUACCGAUGCCAACUCUGUACGCUUCCGAGGGUCAACGAAAGCCCAAACUAUCGAUUAUAGAGCUUGUGCUGUACAAUAUGGCCUCGAUGCUGGCCAGUGUUGCUUCCGGCUACGAUGUGCGGAUUUCGAACGUAACACCGUUGCAUCCGAAGCUACAUCCUGGCCCAUUGCAACCGUACGAAUCGUACUCACAGCCUGCUAGUCCCUAUCACCAUCAACUACUACCGGUGGGUGAUUCUCACCUGUUUCAUACGGAAAAUGCGCAUCGUUUGGAGGUACUUCCACCAUUGGCGGUCGCGCAAACUUUAGAAAAUGUGACCAGUAAAGAAGUGUACGACGAGGAACUGGCACAAGCGCAAGAUGAACGGUUGUAUGCGCACAGUACAACCCCGUACCAUGAGCCGGGAAGACAGCAAACUCGCAAAGCUCACGCUCAAUCUACUAGUCCACGGCAGGAUGAACGAACGCUAAAGUACACGGACUCACCGCAACAUUAUCUACCAUCGACGAUGUCGACCACCAGCGGCUUGGGUUCUAACUACACUCCAUCGGGGCCGAGCUCUUCCUUUAGCGUUGGAGCAGGAACUCAACCUCCGACACCUUCUCCCCGGCGGAAAUCUAGCGCAACAUCUUUCAUGGACUAUGGUGAUCUGCCAGAGGAGCGCGAAAGUAGAGCGGGUCUCUACAUUCCUGGGGAGUACGAUGGAUAUACGCAGCAUAAUCCCAUCUUCAACACGGGUACACGGGGAGCAUCUGGAAGUUACAUCGGUUCGCAUUACUUUCCAUACCGGCCAGAAAUCAACUUCGCCUUCGAACGAGAAACAAAGUCAUACGGCGGAGAACAGGUGUAUGAAGACCAUCACUAUGAUAGUGCAUCGUAUCACGAUUAUACGUACGAAGGUCUCGGAUCAACGGGUAGCAGAUCGACAGUAACGCGUGUUCCGACAAUGGGGGUUACUGCUACAGGUCAUCGCCGAACGCUCUCCAGUAUAUCCAGCACUAUGCAUAGCAGCAACAUCAAUCAAGGGUUUCAUAUGGACGGCGAAGAUAUAAGCGCAAGGCAUAUUGAUGACGCGACGUACAAAUUGGAUGAUCUGUAUCUAUCUGGCGGUGGCAGCACUGGUGGUGUAGUAGCACCGGGUUCCGGUCGUCUUCAGGCAACGAAUUCAACGAAGAUACACGAACCUGUCGGGAGCUUCCAGGCUGCGAAUCGCAUGCAUCAGUACGAGAAUGUGCCUAAUUUCUUCCGUAGGCAGUCAAGCCUUCAAGUGCAUUAUCCAUCCGCCGGUCAGGGGGGUCAUUUAUCGGGUGAAUUUAUGAGCGGUAUAGAGCAAGAGGAGCGCCCUUACACGGUGUUGGGCUUGGAGCACGGAGACAGUGGAACGUUGGUCACGAGUUUAAGAUCGCAAACGAAACUGCGUUCUAGCAUGAAGAAGUAUUCACCGCAGCAACAGACCUCGGUAUCCGGUUCCCAGGGCAAAUACGGUGGUGCUGGCGGUACGCACAGUUAUGGCACCCACGGCACGGUUCAUGGCUCUACGAGUGCAACCAACCAAACGCCACCCGACAGUCUUACCAGCGACGACAGCUCAUACCUGAGUGCGAAGGAUAAUUCGUCCUCCAUAUCGUCCCAAAGCCGAGUGCGUUUUACGCCGGAAAUUGUGCUAGAUGUUGAUGCUUCACUUCAAUCUCCGACGGGUUACGGCGGAAUAGCUUCGUCUGUUGUCAUCAGCGCAAAGGACAGACGCAGCUCGUCGUCGGGAAGCACCAUGCUCACCGCUACUCCCGGUUCCGCUACCUCUUCUACAUCUAUAUCUGGGCGGCGUUCAAAUGCGUGCGAUACGGGACAAUCCUAG